AUGGUGAUGAAGCUCUGGCGGUGGUUGGCGACCCGCCGGUGGCCUGUCAGACAAGUGUUCCGUUUUGCGAGGUCUCUCAGGGAACAGAUGUGUGUACGGCCAUUUUGGAAGAUAAGGUUUACCCAGUUUGUAUGGCGGUGUGAACAUCAGAGCUUUGCCGUUACGGUGGUCGAUGACCGAGGCACUCAGGGAGGAGCUGAGUUGAGCAGAGGCAGAAAGGGGUCUCUUUCCUGUCUCUCUCGUUUCCAUUAUUACACAUCUUCGUCGAGCUUACGAUCCAUUUUCUCCAUCAAAGGUAGGAGUUUGGAGAACAUGGUUGAGGUUGGAGACCCGCCGUUGAAGACAAUCUGCAAUGUUUCUUGA